CCACCCACCCACCCGCCUGCGGCCAGCGCCCAUGGACGCGCGCGCCUCGUUCAGCCCCCCGGACUCUGCGCCCUGUGCCGCCGCCCAGUCCUCAGAUCCGCGCCACCGCGGCCAGUCUCACCUGGCGGCGCCGCCCGCCCGCCACCCCGGCCACAGCCCCAGCUCUCACGGCGACAGCCGCGGCGACCGCGACAGCGGUGGGGGACGCUCCUGAAUCGAAGACAGCAGCCCGGCCACCGGACCUACUUACUCGCCUUGCUGAGUGUCUUAUUUUUAUAAGAAUUUACGACUUUUAUAAGAACUUUUGUAUACAAAGGAACUUUUUUUAAAAAAGACAUCUCCCAUUUAUAUUUAAUCCAAAGAAGAAGGAUCUCGGGCAAUUUGAGGUUUUGGUUUUGGCUUCAUCGUUUUUUUCCUCUUUGUUGACUUUGGGGUUCGGGUACCCCUACAUUAAUGAGGCAGCCACCUGGCGAGUCUGACAUGGCUGUCAGCGACGCGCUGCUCCCGUCCUUCUCCACGUUCGCGUCUGGCCCGGCGGGAAGGGAGAAGACACUGCGUCCAGCAGGUGCCCCGAAUAACCGCUGGCGGGAGGAGCUCUCCCACAUGAAGCGACUUCCUCCUCUGCUUCCCGGCCGCCCGUACGACCUGGCGGCUGCGACCGUUGCCACCGACCUGGAGAGUGGCGGGGUAGCUUGUGGCGGCAGCAAUCCGGCACUCCUACCCCGGAGAGAGACGGAGGAGUUCAACGAUCUCCUGGACCUGGACUUUAUCCUCUCCAACUCGUUGUCCCAUCAGGAGUCAGGGGGCGCCACCGUGUCCUCAUCGGCAUCAGCCUCAUCCUCGUCCUCCCCAUCGAGCAGCGGUCCUGUCAGUGCGCCCUCCACCUGCAGCUUCAGCUAUCCGAUCCGGGCCGAACCGGGUGUGGCACCCGGCAGCACGAGUGGCGGCCUCCUCUAUGGCAGGGAGUCUGCGCCCCCUCCCACAGCUCCUUUCAACCUGGCGGACAUCAACGACGUCAGCCCCUCGGGCGGCUUCGUGGCCGAACUCCUUCGGCCCGAAUUGGACCCAGUGUACAUUCCGCCGCAACAGCAGCAGCAGCAGCAGCCGCCGCCGCCGCCAGGUGGCGGGCUAAUGGGCAAGUUUGUGCUGAAGGCGUCGUUGAGUGCCCCUGGCAGUGAGUACGGCAGCCCGUCGGUCAUCAGUGUUAGCAAAGGCAGCCCGAACGGCAGCCACCCGGUGGUGGUGGCGCCCUACAGCGGCGGGCCCCCGCGCAUGUGCCCUAAAAUCAAGCAGGAGGCCGUCUCCUCGUGCACCGUCGGUCGGCCCCUGGAGGCCCACUUGAGCACCGGACCUCCUCUCAGCAAUGGCCACCGGCCGCCUGCGCAUGAUUUCCCUCUGGGGCGGCAGCUCCCCAACAGGACUACCCCGACCCUGGGUGCCGAGGAACUGCUGAGCAGCAGGGACUGUCAUCCUGCUCUGCCGCUUCCCCCAGGCUUCCAUCCUCACCCGGGGCCCAACUAUCCACCUUUCCUGCCCGACCAGAUGCAGCCGCAGGUCCCACCACUCCAUUACCAAGGUCAGUCCCGGGGAUUCAUAGUUCGGGCUGGGGAGCCCUCCGUGUGCCGGCCCUCUGGGGCCCACUGGAUGACGUUGACCCCACCUUCUUCACCCCUAGAGCUCAUGCCACCCGGCUCCUGCAUGCCUGAGGAGCCCAAACCUAAGAGGGGGAGAAGGUCGUGGCCCCGGAAAAGAACAGCCACUCACACUUGCGAUUAUGCGGGCUGCGGCAAAACCUACACGAAGAGUUCUCAUCUCAAGGCACACCUGCGAACUCACACAGGUGAGAAACCUUACCACUGUGACUGGGACGGCUGUGGGUGGAAGUUUGCCCGCUCAGACGAACUGACCAGGCACUACCGGAAACACACCGGGCACCGCCCCUUCCAGUGCCAGAAGUGCGACCGGGCAUUCUCCAGGUCGGACCACCUUGCCUUACACAUGAAGAGGCACUUUUAAAUCCCGAGACAGUGGAUGUGACCCACACUGCCAGAAGAGAAUUCAGUAUUUUUUUCCCAGUGAGGGAAGGAGCCCAGCUGGAAAGCACUACAAUCAUGGUCAAGUUCCCGGCAAGUCUUGUGGACGAAUAAUCAGGAGACAGGAGGAAACCCAAAGACAAAUCAAAGAACAGAGAGGGGGGGUCUGUGACUGGAUCUUCUAACAUUCCAAUUCUAAACCCAACUUGAAUAUUCCUGGACUUACAAAACGCCAAGGGGGUGACUGGAAGCUGUGGAUGUCAGGGUAUAAAUUAGAUCCGUGAGUUGGGGGCGGGGGGGUGGGGGGGAAGACCAGAAUUCCCUUGAAUUGUGUUUCCACGCAAUAUACCUAUAAAGAUCACUUUGUAUUAUUCUCUUUGCCUUCUAAAAGCCAUUAUUAUGAUAUUAGAAGAAGAAGUAAAAAUUCAGGUACAGAAAAUGUGUUUUAAAAGACUAAACUGGUGCUUGGUGAGUGGUGAGUCUUGGUUCUAAAGGUACCAAAUGAGGAAGCCAAAGUUCUCACACUGCUGCAUACUUUGACAAGGAAAUCGAUUUUUGUCUUCCGAUCUACAUGUAUGACCUAAGUCAGGUAAAUAGACCUGGUUUACUUUAACCUUUUUAUGCAGACAGUCUGUUAUGCACUGUGGUUUCAGAUGUGCAAUAAUUUGUACAAUGGUUUAUUCCCAAGUAUGCCUUAAGCAGAACAAAUAUUUUUUUCUAUAUAGUUCCUUGCCUUAAUAAAUAUGUAAUAUAAAUUUAAGCAAACUUCUAUUUUGUAUAUUUGUAAACUACAAAGUAAAAUGAACAUUUUGUGGAGUUUGUAUUUUGCAUACGCAAGGUGAGAAUUAAGUUUUAAAUAAACCUAUAAUAUUUUAUCUGAA